GUCAAUUACAAAAAGUCAAAAAGCUCUCAUAAGUUGAUUUUUGUGUUUACUUACUUUGUGAUUGCAUUUUAAGCCAGAUAUAAAGUAUAAGAUACCAAGUGCAUUGUGGAAUAAACCCUAAAAAUACGAUAACAAAACCUGCAUUUACUCUCCGAAUACAAUUACAAGUUUUUAUUUAAAAAAUAGUUAAUUUAUCAACAUGUGGAUGUUCCUAUUUUCUUAAAUAUAUUUUUUUAUAUAUUUAUGAUGUCUCGGCUCAUAGUCAAAAAUUUGCCAAACAAAGUUACAGUUGACAAACUUAAGGAUAUAUUUUGUCAAAAAGGCGAAGUUACUGAUGUCCAAUUGAAAUAUACGAAAGAUGGAAAGUUUAGAAAUUUUGGCUUCAUUGGAUACAGGACAGAAGAGCAGGCUUCUGCUGCAAGGGAGUACUUUGAUGGGACAUGUGUCAAUUCUAUGAAAAUAAAUGUUGAAUUCUGUGCAAAUUUAGGAGAUGAAAAGAAACCAAGGGCUUGGAGUAAAUAUGCCACUGAUAGCUCAGCCUAUCAAAAACUAAAUAAAAAUGAACAAGAUACACCAAAGGAAAAGAAACAGAAACUGUCAAGUGCGGAAAGAAAUAAAAACAAAAUAAGGGAGCUUCUUAAAAAGCAUAAAGGUGAUCCUUUAUUUGAUCAAUUCAUUGAAGCUCAUGUUAAUGAAAAAACAUCAUGGAUUAAAGAAGUGCUAGAGGAAGUUAAGAAAAGUGACAAUGAAGAUAGUGGUAAUGAAGCUUCACAAAAUGAGGAAGAAAAUAUUGAAAGUAAAGAAGAAAAUACUACAGUACCAGAUGUUGCAAAAAGUGUAGAGAAAGUUGCCAAUAAACAAAUAAGUGAUUUAGAGUACAUGAAGUUACUAAUGAAAAAAGUAGAUGGCGCUACUAAUGAAAAAGUUGUGGAAAAGGAAGAGCAGGAGAAACCCAAGAAAGUCAGAAAUAGACCAUUAUUCUAUUGUAAAAUAAAUGGAUUACCUUUUAAAUGUAAAAAGAAAGAUAUAAAAGAAUUUUUCAGACCAUUAGUACCAUUUUCCUUGAGAUUACCCCUAGGCAAAGGAAAGAAGUUGGCUGGAUUUUGCUAUGUAGGAUUUAGAACUGAACAAGAAUUAAAGAAAGCACUUGCUAAGGACAAGUUGUUUAUAGGAAAUCAUCGAGUACAUGUCCACAAGUAUGAAAGCCAGUCCAAGAAAGAAGAAGAGGAGGAACAGAUAAACACUAAAAAGCGACAAGAGCAAACAAACAAUGAAGAAAGUAUAGGAGAAAGUGGAAGCAUCUUCGUGCGAAAUUUACCUUACGUGGUAUCUGAAGAAGAGGUGACGAAGACUUUCGAGAAAUAUGGUCCAUUAGCCGAAGUCAACAUGCCAAUAGAUCCAAUACUUCGUCAGCCGAAGGGUUUUGCAACAGUAACCUUUGUAAUGCCGGAGCACGCGGUGAAAGCGUACACAGAACUGGACGGCACAUCGUUCUGCGGCAGAAUGCUGCAUCUCUUACCUGCUAAAACUGAGAAACUGGAGAAUGAAGAAGAUGACAGCGACCUUUCAUUCAAAGAGAAGAAAGCAAAAAUACUAAAAGCACAGGCAAAGUCCUCACACAACUGGAACACGCUGUUUUUGGGCGCGAACGCCGUCGCUGACGUCAUCGCUGCUAACUACGGCACUACCAAAGAACAACUACUGAAUGACAAUAAUAAAAAUACAAGCGCCGCGGUCAGAUUGGCUCUAGGAGAAACUCAAUUGGUUGCCGAAACUAAAAACUUUUUGGAGAGUAAUGGAGUUUACUUGGAUGCAUUUAAUAAGCCAGCUCAGAAGCGUUCAAAAACUUGCAUUCUGGUUAAAAAUUUGCCAUCCGACACUAAUAGAGAUGAAGUAAAGGCGUUGUUUGAAAAGCACGGACAAAUUGCAAGAUUCCUUAUGCCUACCCAUGGUAUUACUGCAUUAAUAGAUUUUAUAGAACCGUUCGAAGCAAAGAAGGCCUUUAAUAAAUUAGCUUAUUCCCAAUUCAAAGCCGCUCCUUUAUAUUUAGAAUGGGCACCAGAAAAUGUUUUCGUCAAAACUAUUGAUACUAAAGAAAUAGAAAGUAAACAAGAAAACGAUUCAAAUCAACAAAAAGAGUCAAAAACCGAAAAAGUAUCGAAAGCCGAAAAAAUCGAAGAAGUUUCUAACCCGGAAAAAGUCGAAGAAAAAAUAAUUGAACAAAAAAUGGAAGAGGAAACGGAAGUACCAGAAAACGACAGCACUAUAUUUGUCAAAAAUCUCAACUUUAAGACCACUGAGGGUAAUUUAAGAGAGCAUUUCAAAAAUUGUGGAAAAAUACACAGUGUUAUUGUUGCUAAGAAAAAAGAUCCCAAGAAUCCCGAUCAGUUCCUUUCUAUGGGAUAUGGUUUCGUACAAUUUUAUAGAAAGACUCAAGCCAAUGAAGCACUUAAAACUCUACAGAGUUCAACUUUAGAUGGAAAAACAUUAGAAUUGAAAAGAUCGGAGAGAGGAAAUGUAACUGAAGUAAAAACAUCAAAGAAGAGCUCCAAAGACACAGUUCAAAAUGGAACAAAAAUACUCGUAAGAAACGUUCCGUUCCAAGCUAACAGGAAUGAACUUCAUGAAAUAUUCAGGGCGUUCGGCGAAAUAAAGACUUUGAGAUUACCUAAAAAACUGACAACUGGCUCAGAACAGCAUCGUGGUUUUGCGUUUGUCGACUUUCACUCGAAAGCAGAUGCUAAGUGCGCCUUUGAAGCAUUAUGUCAAUCGACUCAUUUAUACGGAAGACGAUUGGUAUUAGAAUGGGCAGACCAAACUGAUGAAAACGAAGAUAUUGAGAUGCUUCGGAAGAGGACAGCGCAGGCUUUCAAUGCAAAGGUUCCCGGCGGCAAGAAGUCUAGAAAGGCAGCUGUGGACGUUGAUGAUUUUGUUGAAGGCGAUAAGGAAUAACAAUAAUAUAUUUAUAUUAAGUUGACUACA